UGAUGCUAGAACAAAUAUUUCUUAAUGUAAAUGGGAGACGAAUCAGCCUCCAAAAUGAAUCCCUCAAAGUCUUCGACAAUGCAAAGAUUCCCAAUUUUGAUAUUAUGGGACUGGGUUCCACCAGUUCAAUCGAAGAGUUUGGAGGUAUUCCAGACUACCAGCCCAGCCACCCUUCCAUAUUCAGCAAUGACUACAACACAAUUUACAAGCACCAAGAUCACAAUAUAUCAUGUCAAGGCCUCCAGUCUAACCUAAAACAACAAUUGUACACAAGGUCAGGCCACGUUGGAGCAGAACAUAAUAAGUCCGUGCUAAACGACCCUGGCUAUUCACGACUGGUACGCAAAAAUCAGAACCACUUUUCAAAGUGGAGACACUCCAGCAAUGCCAGAAAUAGAAGCUUCGAAAAUGGCUCUAGAAACUCAAAGAACUCAGUAUUCCCACUCAACAAUACCAAAAAAGCCACAAACCAGCUGCUGAAUUGCUUGUUUCAGACAUCAGACAACAAAAACCAGCCAGCAGCAGACACUUUCAGUGACCUUGACAGUGUGUUUCCAAUGAAAAUGCGUAGCUUCAGUAAAGAGCAAGUUGUGUUACCUCGCAAUGAGAAAAUGAGACACUGCACUCCGAAGAAAUCCAAAGACAUCAAGAUUUUUAGAAAAGCCCAUUUCAUCAAGCGUCAAAAAGCAGCACUCAACAAACUCAAACCCAAACGAGUAAAGCCGAAGCAAGCUGAUUUGCCUGCAGUCAAUGUCAAACAGAUUACAUUUCACAGUGGAAACAACUGAAACAACUAUGGUGACAAUUCUCAAAGUAGCGAUAAAGACCGUGACAUCAAAGUUAAAGGUCUUGACUCUAAUCCUUAUGAUUCGAAGCAGAAGCCUUAUAAGCGAGUGCUUAAUAAGAGUUAUUCCAAUAAUUGUAUUUCUAGGCGCACACGGCUCACCAAGAACUUGGAGCUGAGUCAAAGCCAAGCCAAACACAAUUACAUUGUUACAGGGGACUCGAAACGCAAGAUUUCAGCAUCUCCAUAUUCCAACUUCUUUAAAAUCAACAGUUUAAAUUAUGCAACGCCACAAGACCACAAAGAAAAUGGUGGUUCUGCUCAAACAUCAAAACUUGUUAGUAAACGAGAAAACUUGUCUUCAAACCAGAAUAGUGACUCAGACAACUUCAAGAUUCCUACUCCAACAUUCAACUCAGCCUUGAAGCUGAAGCCUGGUCUCAUAUCUUCUGAAGCUUCUCCAAGUAACAAUGCCACCAAACUUAGAAAUGACUCGACUGCCACUCUGCACAGCCAGAGCACGCUUGAGCGAGAUGACCGCAUCUUUGAUCAUUCGCAGAUCUACCAGCCAGUGUUACCGAUGAAGAUCCAGCUUUCAUUCAAGCGGAAGUCACGACUGCAUCAAGUGUUGCCCAAAAAUCCUUCACACGAGUCUCCAUGGAACAGGAAGUCAUUGCUUGCAAAGAUGGCUGCAACUAGACUGCUGAAUAACAGACAGUUUGUGAUUAAAAAAGAACAAUUUUAAAUUACCCAGAAAUUUG